CCUUGCCUCCAAGCCCCAUCACUCCACCCCUCCCUCCUGGCUCCCUCUCCCCCCUUUUCACAGAACCAAACCUCUUUGUAAUUUCCAGCCUUGGCAAGUUGUACUCAGAUUUGCUGUCACAGUUUUAAUGAAUUCAGCUGUUUGUGCAUUGGCCAUGGGAGCAUCUCUCCUCCCUCCCCCUCCCUCACUCUCGCCCCUCCUCCACCUCUCUGGUGUUUCCCGAGGGACUCUAUAUAUACCGCAGACCACUCUACUCCUUCCUAUUGUUCCUCUAAGGAAACUUGCAGACAGAUGCCCCGCGGCAGCACAGUGUGUGUGGGAGAGUGCAGAGAGACAGCCACGAUAGAGACAAGUCUCAAGACAAUAGCUGGUGCUGCUGGACAGAGACGUUUACUACUACUACUACUACUAGCCCAUUUCUUCUUCUCUGAGUUUUUUGUUGUGAUUUUUUUUUCUUCUCCACCGCUGAGUGGUGAUCUGAUGAUCUGACGGCAUGUUGCUGGUGUCACUGCUGCUGAUGGCGAUGGACUGCUGCCUUGGAGCGCCAGCCGGGAGAGAGGUGUACAGGAUGCCUCAGAGUGCUCUGAAAGCUCUAUCGGACCGGGGUACUGUGGUUCUGGAGGCGGCGUUGACCAGUGCUCUGUCGGCUCUGGAGCUGGCGACGUCGGAGCGGAGUCAGGCCGAGGCAGUCUGUAGAGACUGUGUACCCUGUCUCUUUCAGGACUGCGGACAGCGCUCCGCACCCUGCUCCUCUCUGGAUGGCACAUUGGCUGAGCCCAGCUGUGACGUCAUUACCAAGGCUCAGAAAGUUCCGGAGGAGGGCGAGCGGAGCUGGGCGCUGAGCCAGGCAUGUGGGUAUUACCGCCGGCGGUGCCCGCCGGGCGAAAAGGAGAAGGAGGCUUGUGUGAGGAUCAUGGGCGAGAGCUGCAGUGCCCGCGUGCUCCAGUGUAGCCUCCUGAACACCAUGCAGAACCUGGAGCCUGCCACACAGACACGCACACAGGCAGUGUGUGGCCAGAGGCUGUCGGCGGUGCAGAACGUGACCCAGCCCCGCUCCCGUAUAGUGGGGGGUUCCCCGGCCCUCCCUGGCAGCUGGCCCUGGCUGGUCAACCUGCAGCUGGACGGAGGGCUGAUGUGUGGAGGGGUGCUGGUGGACAGCUCCUGGGUGGUGACCGCCGCUCACUGCUUCGCUGGCAGCCGCAGUGAUAGCUACUGGACGGCUGUGGUGGGAGAGUUUGAUAUCACCAAGACCGACCCUGACGAGCAGGUGCUCAAGGUCAACCGCAUCAUCUCCCAUCCCAAGUUCAACCCCAAGACGUUUAACAACGACAUAGCGCUGGUGGAGCUGACAUCUCCGGUGGUCCUGUCGGACCGCGUGACCCCUGUGUGUCUGCCAUCAGGUCUGGAACCGCCUACUGGCAGCCCCUGUCUGGUGGCCGGCUGGGGCUCCCUCUACGAAGAUGGUCCUUCAGCUGACGUGGUGAUGGAGGCUAAGGUUCCUCUGCUGCCCCAGAGCACCUGCAAGAGCUCCCUGGGCAAGGAGCUGGUCACCAACACCAUGCUGUGUGCCGGGUACCUCUCUGGGGGCAUCGACUCCUGCCAGGGGGAUUCUGGAGGCCCUCUGAUCUACCAGGACCGUAUAUCAGGUCGAUUCCAGCUGCACGGCAUCACGUCCUGGGGAGACGGCUGUGGGGAAAAGGGCAAACCUGGGGUCUACACACGGGUCAGCGCCUUCUCCGAUUGGAUACUCGCUGAGAUACAGAAGUCCUUUGGGAGUCGGGAGCCGACGUGCCCUGAGUUGCUGAAGACAUCGGAGCUGUCGGAGGAGCAGCAGAGGUCGGAGUUUGUCUCUCUGUGUCGCUUCUACGCCCAGACCUGCCCCCCCAGCCAGGGGACCGCUGCCUGCAACCGCCUCGUAGAGGAGAAAUGUCGCAGCCGAUUCAAGAAGUGUCAGUUGCGUUCGUUCCUGCAGACCCUGCUGGACUUACUCCAGAGAGCAGAGGACUAUAUCAGAGACAAGGUAGACCUGACCUUCUUCACCCAGACCCUGCCUCAACUGGUGGAACACAUCUACAGUACAGCCUUCACCGCCAAGGAGAGGGAGAGGAGGGACAUCCCACAGGAAACAGAACAGGUAUGGGGUGCUGUCCGGUCAGGGUCAGAGGAAACUGGUCCUGGGUUGUUCCAGAAGGUAGGCCCCCUGGUGGCUGACUGGGAGAACUACCUCAGGGGCAUCGCUGUGGAGUUGGACACACAGACACACGGCUCCAAACCCCUGAGCCAAGAAGAGAGCCUUUUCCUUCAGGCACAGGACCCCUCUCUGCAUCAGCUAGAGGGGAAGUACCAGACCAUCAUCUCAGCCUUACACUCCAAACUGGACUCCAGACCUGCUCCUCCGAUCUUGCACCUGAAUACAGACCUCCUCCAGGAAAACUCUCCCAAAAUUCAUGCUGUUCCCACUGAAGAGUCGCCCUCCUCAUUUCCCCUUCAGAGGUCAGAGUCGCUCACAGCCCUCAUCAGUGAAAUCCGGAAAUUUGGGACACAGAAUGAAAUGGCGACAGAAGAUGCAGAAAUUAGUGUAACAUCGUUUGAAGAGGACACAUUUUCAGAUCCAACACCAGUCAGUUCAAUAGAGACUACUGAUUGGCUUAACGAAGCUGUGACUGAACAGACAACCUUACAGCGCCUGUUCCCGUCUCUGUCCACCAUCGGCAGCACCAUGUCUCCCAUAGCAACGACCUUUGACUCCAGACAGACUCUACUUCCUGGUUCUCCCUCCCUCCAGCUGUCCCUCGACCACCGGAGACGCAGGAGUCUCCGCAAGAGGCAGAUCCCUGGGGUUAAAGCUUGUCCAGGAGUAGCAGAGUCCACCCAGCAAGUGAGUGGUAUCAGAGACACAUACAAGUGGAUCCUGGGCAUCCCCACCAAGAACCUCCACAUGAACUUCCAGGAGUUGCUGGUGGACCUGAGCUCUAAGAACGAUCGGGGUCUGUACGAGGCUCGGGUCAGGGCGGUGGUGGGGGGUCGACCUCUGACCUUCUACAGCCUGGUGGGUCUGGAGAAUGAGUCCUUCUACCGUAGCAUGCCGCGCAUCAUUGCUCUGGCUCUGGACGCUCUCAAAACGUAAACAGUAUCAACUUCAACAAAACGAACUCACGUCAAAGACUCAGUGGCUCAGCGAAGGCAUGGUCUAGUCAGCUUGUGGUGCCAGAGACCAGAGAGGGGGAACGAGCCCCGUGGGACCUAGAAACUGGCGACUACUCAUUCAGAUGGGAGGCGAGACGACAGGCACUGGGCAUUCUAGGAGACCUAAACAUUAGGAAUGUAACAAUUCACCAAUGCACAUCAGGUCCGGUUCAAAUGCUUAAGAUGCUGAGGGCGUCAAUGUUAUCGGUGGGCGGGGAGCCCUAACUGAUCCAAAUGACGUAUGCAUCGGUCAGAAAACCCAUUUAAAAUGUUCCAAACUGACAGUUAACUGUUUUUUACUUUAUAUAGUGUUAUUCCGGGGGAAAAAAUUGCUGCGUCCUCCUUUAGUUCAGUAGCCUAUCAGACUUUAUCACGUAACUGCGUAUGAGUGCGAGAUAGCAACUGUGCGUACAGUGCUGGAGACCGCUGCUCACGCCAACGAGAGGUUGCUCUCGUUGUUCUAAUGGGCUAUUCGUACAUCUGCAUUCAGAUGCUUGUAAUGGCUUUCACAAUGUCAAAUCAUAGGCUUUAUUAGUUGAGUGACAACAGAUGUAAUUUGGGUCAUUUCGGGUCAUUGUUACCAAAUGAGCUGUAGAAAGUGGUUUUUACUCGAGUUGUGUAGCCGACCGGAAUGGAUACAACUCACAUCCAACUGUUGAUUUGGGGUUUUCAAUCAUUCACAUUUCAUUUCAUUGUUCAAGUUCACUAUAAGAAAUAGUUUUGGUAGUUUUGCUUUAAACAGUCAUUGUAUUUGGUCAUUUCAACAGGAACAGGGUAUGUUCAUUAAGGACAGAAAUAGUUUUGGUAGUUUUGCUUUAAACAGUCGUUGUAUUUGGUCAUUUCAACAGGAACAGGGUAUGUUCAUUAAGGACAGCAAUCAUUUUUGCCAGCUGCGCAUGGUUGCGUUGAUUCAUUGGUCGGAAUGGAGAAGCUCUCCGUAAAACUCCAAACGGUCUAAACCAUUCCCUUUUGAGACGGGGUAAAAUACAAAGCUGCAUUAUAUAAAUUGGUUAAAUGCCAUGCUAAUUUCUAAAGAUAAAUAUUGACAUAGUACUAGCUGGAAACAUGUUUAAUCUGCAAAAAUGACAAGUUAAUCAGUGGGCGAUGGUGAUGUCAGAUAAAAGUGGUGGGAGAAAAAGCAUACAUUUCCCCACUCCUAAUCUGAUAGUGGGGUGGUAGAUGCUCAGUCAGCUCCGGUGCCUACACACCAUUGACACACACACACUGAGGGCCACUCAGCUUAGAGAUGUCAUCUCAGACAGAUCCAGCACAGAGAGGCCCAGCUUCUGAGCUCCCAUCAGCAGCAGUUAUUAAUUAAAAAUGGAAAAUGAACGUGUUCAAUGCAACAACAAAGAAGUGCAUUGAACCGAAUUGCAUCAAUUAGUUUCCCUAAUCAAACCAAAUUGCACCGACUCGUUUCAAAUUAAAAUGUAUCGUUCCUGUAUUGUACCAAUGUGUCCAAAUGCGUAUGAAAUCACCCCGCGCAAAUGGACGCAAGUGCACGCGUGCACACACACACACACACACACACACACUGCGUGACUUUGCUGGCCCAUGCUGAAGAACAGACAGGAGAGUGACAUUACAAUAUGACAUGUCAACCCACCUGAGAGCCUGACCUCUAUGUACACACAGCCCUGAAUGUAUUGGACCAUCCUGCCUAGCAACCAUUCAUGGAGAUGAGUUGUUUUUUUACAUGGCUGGCGUAACGCAGUGAGACAGCCAUAGAAAUAAAUAGAGAACUAAUUUUUGUACCUGUGCCAUUAAAAUGGUGGAAGCCCUCAAUGCCGAUGGCCAUGCUAAAACGGGUUAUAUCCAUGUAUCUAUCUCUAUGGACGCAACCCAUUCUAAUUUAUGAGCCUGUAUAAAUAAGUUAUUCAAAAUGUCUGUUUUUCUGCAAAAGGUUGAGCCUCUUGUGAAGCAAGCAGACUGUAGGCCCCUUCAUACUGUACAUUGGUAUAUUAUUUUUCGUUGCUAUAUUUAUUUGUAUAGA